UUUUGAUCAAUAGUCGCUGUAUAAAGUUGUGAUCUUUGGCCUGUGAAUGAAAUCCCCAUCCAAAGAUUCGAUCUUUUAGGUUCUGAUUUUGGGUGAUAAUCACAAGAAUUGUUACAGAUAAUGUAUGUGUGUCUGUCGAAGUAGCCGUGAUUAAUGCCCCUUCUGAUCGUUUCUGCGUUUUGACACAAGCCACUGAUAUGUAUGUAUUAUCUUUGACCUGUGAAUGAAAUGCCCAACAAGAGAUUCGACCUAUAAAGUUCUGAUUUUGGACUAAGUUUGUGAUUAAUAUGAUCCUAAGAAAACAUAGCAUUUGCUUGCGCUUGAAGGAGCAAAGGAGAGGCUCCACUUGUUCAAAGCCGAGUUAAUGGAAGAAGGGUCAUUUGAUGAUGCUUUUGAUGGAUGCGAGGCUGUUUUUCACACUGCAUCUCCCACUUUUCUCACUCCUUCAGACCCUCAGGCUGAACUGAUAGAUCCUGCUGUCAAAGGCACGCUUAAUGUUCUAAGAUCAUGUGCAACAGUUGGCUCCAUCAAGAGAGUGGUUCUAACAUCAUCAAUGGCAUCUGUUGUGUUCAACGGGAAGCCUCUAACAUCCGAAACCGUAGUUGAUGAGACUUGGUUUUCAGAUCCAGUUUUUUGUGAGAAUAUGAAGCUGUGGUAUAUGAUGGCGAAGACGUUAGCUGAGGAAGCUGCGUGGAAAUUUGCAAACGAGAACAGAAUCGAUAUGGUAGCAUUGCACCCAGGACUGGUCAUUGGUCCUCUUCUGCAGCCAAAUCUGAAUUCUUCGGUGGAAGUGAUUCUGGACAUAGUUCAUGGAAAGAAGUCCUUGUUUGGCACAAUCUACAGAUUCACCGAUGUCAGAGACAUUGCUCUAGCUCAUGUUAGAGCCUAUGAGAUUUCUUCAGCUAGUGGCAGAUACUGCUUGGUGAAUAAGAUACUAACCUUGAAGGAAACACUGGAGAUUCUGCAUCGGCUGUUUCCAAACUCCAACCUUCCUAAACCAGUCGACCAGAAUGUUAACCCGAACGAGCCUCAUUUCCAGAUUUCACAAGAGAAGGCAAAGAGUUUGGACAUUAACUUCACACCUGUGGAAGUGAGCCUUAGAGAAACUGUGGAAAGCUUGAGAGAAAAGGGUCUACUAAGCAUUUAAGACUGGAAAUCCAACAAAUAUC